AUUACAACAACCGGUUUGUACACACUUAUAAUCAAGUUCACAUAACAGCUACCUCCUUCUGCACUUACUCAGGUCCACAGCCGGGCUCUAGACCAACUCAUAUCAGGCUUACCUAACGACAGUACAUCAAAAUGUCAGAGAAGCUUCCAUUCAAAGUUGCUGAUAUCAGCCUGGCCGAGUGGGGACGUAAAGCCAUAGACAUAGCUGAGAAUGAGAUGCCAGGUCUGAUGAAGAUGAGGGAGCUCUACGGCCAGACGAAACCCCUGAAAGGCGCUCGCAUCGCAGGGUGUCUGCACAUGACUCUACAGACCGCAGUGCUCAUUGAAACCCUGACUGCCCUGGGAGCUGAGGUCCAGUGGUCCAGCUGUAACAUCUUCUCGACCCAGGAUCACGCAGCGUCAGCCAUUGCCAAAACUGGCGUUCCAGUGUAUGCCUGGAAGGGUAUGACUGAUGAAGAGUAUGUGUGGUGCAUAGAGCAGACAAUCUACUUCAAGGACGGUCAGCCUCUUAACAUGAUCCUGGACGACGGUGGAGACUUGACCAACAUGGUGCACCAGAAAUACCCCAAACUGCUUGCAGGAAUCAAGGGCAUCUCUGAGGAGACCACAACAGGAGUUCAUAACCUCUACAAGAUGUUGAAGAAGGGAGAACUUAAAGUUACUGCCAUCAAUGUCAAUGACUCUGUGACUAAGAGUAAGUUUGACAACCUGUACGGCUGCCGUGAGUCUUUGAUUGACGGCAUCAAGCGGGCCACAGAUGUGAUGAUUGCCGGUAAGGUGGCAGUGGUGGCCGGGUACGGUGACGUCGGUAAGGGCUGCGUUCAGGCUCUACGAGGGUUCGGCGCCAGAGUCAUUGUCACAGAAAUCGAUCCCAUCAACGCUCUGCAGGCAGCUAUGGAGGGCUAUGAGGUGACCACCAUGGAUGAGGCCUGCAAAGAAGGAAACAUCUUUGUGACCACCACUGGCUGUGAGGACAUCCUCCUUGGCAGACACUUUGAGCACAUGAAGGAUGACUCCAUCGUCUGCAACAUAGGCCACUUUGACUGUGAGAUCGACAUGAAGUGGCUCAAUGAACAUGCAGCGGAGAAAAUCAACAUCAAACCUCAGGUUGACCGUUACCGCAUGAAAAGUGGCCGUCACAUCAUUGUUUUGGCUGAGGGGCGUCUGGUGAACCUGGGCUGUGCCAUGGGCCAUCCGAGCUUUGUGAUGAGCAACUCGUUCACCAACCAGGUUCUUGCCCAGAUUGAGCUGUGGACUAACACCAGCAAAUACCCACUGGGUGUAUACUUCCUGCCAAAGAAGCUGGAUGAGGAGGUAGCUGCCGCACACUUGGACAAGCUUGGCGUCAAACUGACCAAACUGACAGAGAAGCAAGCCAAAUAUUUGGGUCUGCCCAAUGUCGGUCCCUUCAAACCAGACCACUACCGCUACUAAGUAGCUUUGACCAAUCACAGCUUCAGCUGUGGAUGGGGACGGACUACACAAUCAUUGGCGGUUACCUUUGCAGCUAUAAUAGUGCUUAACUUGUGGACACAUUGUCACUGUCUUAUUUGCAUUCCUUGUUUUAUGAUACGGUUAUAUUAAAAACAAAACACCAAAUUCUUCCAUUAGGUCAGUUAUUUGAUGCCCCUCAGUAAAUUAAUAUUCUGACACGUUUUGCUUCUUCCGUGUCUUACUCUGAAGUGAUUCCAGUUUGUCAGGUAACUAUGAAUUGAGCGAGGCACUGCCUUUUGGCCAUGCAUACUUUUGUAAACCUGUUAAAAUAAUGAAAA